AUGGAGCCAAAUAUUGCAGGAAUAUCAAAGAAAGUAUGGAACAUAGUAAGAGUAGCUAUCUUCAUGAUAAAGAAAGGCUUAUGCAAGAGAAAAUUAUUCAUGGAUCUCAACUUGAUGAUGAAGCGCGGCAAACUCGCCGGUAAAGCCCUAGGUAAAAACCUAAUGUUCCACCACCACCACCACCACAAACACGACGAAUUCACCUCCCAAGUCGGCUUAGCUACUCCCACAAACAACGACGGUGGCCCCCCUCGGGAGUACGAGUUCAGCUGCAGCAACACCCCUUUAUACCGCCAUUACUUCACCAACAAGAAUAAAAAAAAUAAAAGCCCUAAAUACUUGCCUUUGGAAGACGGUGAGAAUGUUAACCUAGAGGAUGUUAACAACGUGCUACAAAUGAUGUUACGUGAUGAAGAAGUUACCGGUGUUUUGGCCGCCGCUUCACCGGUUUUACCUGGUUUAGGGUAUGGACGGAGUCCGGCGGUCCGGCAGUUGAGGAUAACGGAUUCGCCUUUUCCGGUGAAGAAUUCGGAGGAGGAUAAUAAACAUGUGGAUUUGGCUGCUGAGGCUUUCAUUAACAAAUUUUACUCUCAGCUCAAGCAGCAAAAAUACUACUAA